AUGUACAUGCUGAGGAGUCCAAUUGAGAGAAUGUUGGUAGAAGAACUCAAUGAGGUGACUUCUAUUGCACAUGAUACCUUAAGAUCGACUACCGAGCAAGGAGCAAGGAAUACAUCGUGGAACUUGCGCAUGGUGGAAGAGGCCAUUCUUCGUCUUUUGAUCGUCCUCGCAGUUACAAUGGAGGAACUUGCGCAUGGUGGUACCAAGUUCCUACAUUUUUCUGAAAUGACCAUAUGCGCCGAGCUGGUGACGUCUGUUUCUCUGAAGUAUUCCGUGAUGGACGAGGGUAUGGGAAUUCCUGUUGGCAAGCUUUCUUUGUACACAGCCCUUGGAGGGAUUCGACCAAAUACUUGCUUACCCAUCACGAUUGAUGUGGGCACGAACAAUAAGCAAUUGUUGAAUGAUGAGUUCUAUAUUGGGUUGCGGCACAAGCUUGCUACUUGUCAGGAAUAUGCUGAAUUACUACAUGAAUUCAUGACUGCUGUCAAACAGAACUAUGAGGAUAAAGUACUUAUUCAGUUUGAGGAUUUUUCAAACCAUAAUGCAUUUGAAUUGCUUGCAAAAUAUAGCACAAGUUAUCUUCUCUUUAAUGAUGAUAUUCAGGGAACAGCUUCUAUUGUCCUGGCUGGGCUUGUUCCAGCACUAAACUUGGUUGGUGAAAAAUUACCGGAACACACUUUUUGGUUUCUUGGUGCUGGCAAGUCUGGGACAGAGAAAUUGAAUCUCCAGGAUUAA